AUGGCGCCCUCCCUCCUCGACAUCAUCGAUACCCUCCCCAAGGACACAUGGGGUCCGCCAACCACCACCGCGACGACCCUCAACGGCGUCCCUUACGCGCCCUUCUCCAAAGGCGACAAGCUGGGCCGCAUGGCGGACUGGACCGCGGAAGGCAAAGAGCGUGAACGUGGCGGCCGUCAACAAUACCAACAGCGGUACAGAGACCAGAUCUACGGUGGCGGUGGACCCGGCGGAUUGCAGACUGUCUUCAACAUCGAGGGGCAGAAUGAAGAAAGCACCUUCUCCCUCGUCGACCGAAGCCAGACGAACACAAGAGGUGGCCGAGGUUUCAGCUCCCGUGGCUCCGCCAUCUUUCGCGGUCGUGGUGGGCAGCGAGGAGCGCCGAUGCAGCGCGGUGGCCGAGGCACUUACCAGAGAGUCGGGCAAAGAGGUGGUCAGCAAGGUUACGAUUCUCGUGGUGGUCGUGGAGGACGUGGCGGUAGGAGAUUCGGCUGGAAGGACUACGACAAGCCUCAGCGCAACCGAGAGGCCUCUGUUCAACCCAAGGAUACCUGGCGAAUGCUCGAGGAGAUUGACUUUAAUCGCUUGUCCAAGCUCAACCUCGACACUGGCGCGGGCGAAGAUCUGGAUGACUAUGGCUUCCUGUAUUACUACGACCGCUCCUACGACAAGCAGCCCGGUACGGCGACGUCCAUACGCAAGCUCCACGUGCUCCAGCGCGCGGCCUACGAUGUCAGCACCUCCUCCGACCCCGUAAUCCAAGACCUUGCCGAGCGAGACGAGGCCACCAUCUUCGCCACCGACAACAUUCUCUCCAUGCUCAUGUGCGCGCCACGAAGUGUCUACAGCUGGGACAUUAUCAUUCAAAAGCAAGGCGGCAAGAUCUUCCUCGACAAGCGCGAAGGCUCAUCUGUCGAUGCCGUUACGGUCAACGAGAACGCUGCCGAUGCUCCUCUGGAGGUCAGCGAAGGCAACAAGGACACCAUCAACAGCCCCGGUGCACUGCGUGAAGAAGCAACAGUCAUCAACAACCUCUUCCCUCUACAAGCAGUCCUUGAAAGCGAGACGAGCCGGCAUGACAUGAGCAACGAACACCCCUUCUACAACGCCGCCGAGGAGGCCGAUCCGCCCGCUUCCAAAGCCUACAAAUACCGCCGCUUCGACCUCUCCGUCGAAGCCGAUCCCGAACCGCUGCAUCUUGUUGUCCGAACAGAGUUGGACGCCGUGGUCAAAAACAACAUCAGCGGCGAAGAUCAGUUCCUCGUCAUCAAGGCUCUCAAUGAAUUUGACAGCAAGGCACAAGGAGCGGGCGGCGCUCUGGACUGGCGAAGCAAACUGGCCAGCCAGCGUGGUGCGGUGGUCGCGACGGAAAUGAAGAACAAUUCCUGCAAACUCGCCCGCUGGACCGUGCAAGCCAUUCUCGCCAAGGCCGAUUUGAUGAAGUUGGGUUUCAUCUCUCGUGCCGGCCCGAAGAACAACCUCGACCACGUCGUCCUCGGCGUGCUCGGCUACAAGCCGCGCGAAUUCGCCGCGCAGAUGAAUCUCAACCUCAACAACGGCUGGGCCAUUGUGCGCACGUUUGUCGACAUUGUCAUGAAGGAGAAUGCGGGCGAUGCCAAGUACGUGCUGGUCAAGGAUCCCAACAAGCCUACCAUCCGUCUGUACCAGGUGCCCAAGGAUACGUUUGAGGAGGACGAGGGUGACGACAGGGCGGCGCUUGGCAUGGACAAGGUGGAGGAGGAUGGGGCGGAGGAGUAG